UUUUACUCUCGUUUAUUUUGCUUCAACUUUCCUACUGAAUUGCUACUAAAUUUCUGCGGUUUCGUGCGGUUUGCACUUCAAUCCAGACUUCAACAACAGUUUCCAAGACCAAAAUUAGAAAUUACGAUGUCUUCAGAAGAGGCCAAGAGUGUAGUGGGGAGUGAAGUGAUGCCCCUGGAUUACGGUAGGAUGGAUACGGAGAGCAGUCCAUCUCCAACUAGUUCGGAGAGGACGGUGGAGGAGAGGAGGGAUGAAGUAAUAGUAGAGGAGGAGGAAAAGGAGAUCCCCUCAAACAUUUUGGAAUCUGGGGGUGGCGUAGAUGGGUGCUAUGACCCAGACUUAGAGAUAGUUUCUGAGGUGAGGGGGUAUGUGAGUGAAUUAGGGAGUAGAAGUAGCCUUAGGAGGUUAGUAGGGAACUGUAAUCUUCCCCACCAUGUCCUAAUCAAGUCUGCCGGGGUGAAUGAGAGGGCAUGCUCAGCACCCCGAGACCAUUGGAUGCCCAUAUACCUGCAUUAUUUGAUUGCAGGGCUUAAGUUUCCCAUUCCAGAAUUACUGAGUAGGAGGGAUGCCGAAGUGGAACAGUUGUCUGCUUGGAAAGCGAAGAAAACCAAGCAAAACAACUAUAAGUUGAAUGAGGAGGAGGUGGAGGAGGUGAAGAAGCUAGUGAGGGAAGAUGGGGACGUAGUGGAUAUCUUGUACCUCACCAGCCCGGAGGCGAUAGAUGCUGCUGAGCUCUAUGGGCCAAGCUCAUUGGGGGAAGCUGAGAUGGACGAGUUCGUCACUGCUGCUGGGGGUCUGUGCAUUCCCAAGAAGCCAAGGAAGAAGUCAAAGACUUCAACUGCGGUGGAGAAAGAGGUGACAGAGGGGGGGCAACUGUCCAGCACUUUUGCCCAGGCUAUGGAGAGGAAGAAGAGGAAGGUGGCAGAGCCAGAAACCAGGGGGGACGAGGUGGUGGAGUUCGUGCCCCGGCCUUCUCCUCUAGAAAUCGAUCCUAAGGUCCGGGAGAGGGAAGAGGCCGAGGUGCGAGGCCUUGGCAGGGGCGAGGAGCUCAUCCCUCCUCUUUUGCCUGAGAAAAGUCUAUUUGAGGCGGCAAACACGACUGGGGCAAAGCACUUCCUCAACCACACUCUCCCUAAGUUGGAUAGGAAGCGGGCGAGGGAUGAGGCGUGCGAACAGGUGCAGAAGGAGAAGGAUGAACUGCAGAAGGAGAAGGGGGAAUGGGAGAAGGAGAAGAGGGAGAUGCAGAGGAGGCUGGAUGAAGUUCUCCCUUCAGUGACCGAGCUCCAGAACGAGAAUGAUGUCCUGAGCACGAAGCUUGUCCUCGAAGAACGUAAGAGGAAGAUCUGUGAGGAGAAGGUCGAGGCUCAGGACAAAUACAUGGACAACAUGAGGAAAGUAGCAGCGGAGCUGAAGAAGAACGUGAACAUGCUGGUUCACAACGGGAUGGAGGAGCACAUUGGCAACUUCCUCAACUCCAGCACCUUUGAGAACAUCCUCAAACUCUACCAGCUGCCAACCGCAAUCGUGGUCUUCACCGACUGUAGGAAGAAGGUGAAGGCUCAGUACCCAGAGGUGGACGUGACAACGGUUACCUUUGGGGAACAAGAAGAAGGGGUGGAGGAAGAUGGGGAGAGCCUCUGUGCUGACUUCCGACCUCGGAUCAUGCUGAGGUGGGAGCGUGAUGCAGAGGGGCGCACCAUUUUUGCUCCAGCCUUUGACGCUGAGUUGGUGGCCGUGAAGGGAGAAAAAGAAGAAGAAAAAGAAGGAGAAGCGCAAGGCGCCGGAGUUGAGAAUCAGGCAGCUCUAGCCGCAGUGCAGCCUCCUAAGGUGCAUCCAGUCUCGUCUGACGAAGUGCAGGCGUUGCCUCCUCCUUAAGCAGAAGUGCCACUCCUGCCUGCUGGAGACGAGCCUAGAUCCCCGCCUCUUCCCGUUGAGGAGCAGCCUCCUCCUCCAGCAGAGUAGUUUAGGAUUUUUUGUGUUAUUGGUGUAAAUAACAGUUUUGUAUUUGAGAUUAAUGUAUAAAAUUUUUGAAUUUAUGAUUAUCUGGUGUUCGAUUUUAGAUUUGUGAUUGAUGUUUUCCUUUGGGGAACUCUUUUUGGAUAAAAUAAGUUAACUUGA